AUGAAGCCGUUGCAAGGUCUGUCAGUUGCCCUUGCACUAUUCGGGGCAGCUGCAGAACCUUUGAUUCAAAUUCCGACACACAUCCAGGAGAUGGAGUUAAGCACUCCGAAGCCAGUGACCGUAGCACAGAUGCAGGAGUUCAAACAGGACUUUGUGGACGUCGACUUCAACAAGGAUGACCAGAUGGAUGCUCAAGAAGUUCGAGCCCAUUUCAAGGGUGGCAUCUCAGACAUCGAGCUCUUCCAGUUCUUCCUGGAUUCGGAUUCGGACAGAUCUGGUGAUGUUUCCUUGCAAGAGUAUGUUGACUAUGCGGCAAUGUUGGGAUAG